AUGGAUAUGCCCAGAAAGGGAAUGUUUGGUCUGAAGCUGAAAAAGAAGAAGAAAGAUAAAGCAGAGAAGGGAUUGGUCCUCACCAACAAGGGUGCACAAGACGGUAGUGAGUCUGAAUUACCUCAGGAAGGGCCUUCUCUUCAGGAAGGAUCGGAAGAUUUGACCAAGGACGACACUUCCAUCGCACCUGGCCCCUCGGCUCCUUCAAAGAGAAGAGCAAAACUGCUAACUAAGAUCCAUGACGGGGAGAUCAAAUCUCAAAACUACCAAAUCACUGUCACCAUCACCGAGGCCCGGCAGCUGGUGGGUGAGAACAUCGACCCAGUGGUGACCAUUGAGAUAGGGGACGAGAGGAAGCAAAGCACCGUGAAGGAAGGGACCAACAGCCCGUUUUAUAAUGAAUACUUUGUCUUUGAUUUCAUCGGACCCCAAGUGCAUCUUUUCGACAAGAUCAUCAAAAUCUCAGUCUUACAUCACAAGCUGAUAGGAAGCAUCCUGAUUGGCUCUUUCAGAGUGGAUGUGGGGACGGUGUACAACCAGCCGGGUCAUCAGUUCUGCGACAAGUGGGCACUGCUUACAGACCCUGGUGACAUCAGGACUGGCACCAAGGGCUACCUGAAGUGUGACAUCAGCGUGACUGGGAAAGGCGACAUCUUAAAGACCAACCCCAAAACCUUCGAUGCUGAGGAGCAAAUAGAGAAGAACCUUUUGAUCCCUCAAGGAUUCCCAUCAGAGAGACCUUGGGCCAGGUUCUACGUGAGACUCUACCGAGCAGAAGGAUUACCCAAAAUGAACUCUAGCAUUAUGGCAAAUGUCACCAAAGCAUUUGUGGGUGACAGUAAGGACCUCGUGGAUCCCUUCGUGGAGGUGUCCUUUGCUGGGCAGACGGGGAGAACUUCUGUGCAGAAGAACUGUGCUGAUCCUGUGUGGCAGGAGCAGGUGGUCUUCAAGGAAAUGUUCCCUCCCUUGUGCCGGAGGGUGAAAAUUCAGGUGUGGGAUGAGGGCAGCGUGAAUGACGUAGCUCUGGCAACCCACUUCAUCGACCUGAAGAAAAUCUCCAAUGAGCAGGACGGAGAUAAAGGUUUUCUUCCCACUUUCGGGCCCGCCUGGAUUAACCUGUAUGGCUCCCCCAGGAACCACAGUCUCAUGGACGACUACCAGGAGCUGAAUGAAGGCUUUGGGGAGGGCGUGUCCUUCAGGGGCCGGAUCUUGGUUGAGAUUGCUGUGGAGAUCCUCUCAGGAGGGGCCCAGGAGUCUAAGUUCUCCAAGGCUCUGAAGGAGCUGAAGCUGUCUUCCAAAGACAAAGACUCCAAAUCUUCCAAAGGCUCCAGUAAGGACAAGGCUGACAAAGCUGACGAAGGCAAAGCCCAGCAGGCUACUGACAAAACCAACUCUACAGAAGUGGAGGUGGAGCCUUUCACUGUCCCUCCAGAGAUUAUACCGGAAAAAUAUGAGGACUUUUUACUCUUUGGAGCCUUUUUUGAAGCUACCAUGAUUGACAGGAAGAUUGGAGACAAACCUAUCAGCUUUGAAGUUUCUGUUGGAAACUUUGGGAACCUGAUUGAUGGAGGGUCUCACCAUGGGAGUAAGAAGAAAUCGGCUGAGCUGACUGAAGAGGAUGUCCUUCCUCUACUGCAUGAAGGAGAAAAAGAUGUGGCCCAUGACACUGUCAUCUCCAUGGCCUCUACCACCCACCCGGAGAAGCCUCUGGUGACAGACGGGAACAGAAAUUACAACUAUUUGCCUUUUGGUGCCAAGAAACCCUGUAUCUCCUUCAUCAGUUCCUGGGGAGACCAGACAUUCAGACUUCACUGGUCCAACAUGCUGGAAAAAAUGGCUGACCUCUUGGAAGAAGGAGUAGAAGAAGUACGGGAGCUGGUCAAGGUUUCUGAGGAGGCGCCGGAAGAGAAGAUGAAGACCGCGCUCCGUGACUUCAUCAGUCAAAGCAGAGCCUUCAUCUCUGGAGCAGAAAAUAAGCCGAAAAUGUUGAACCAAACUGCAUUAGAUAAGAAACGACUCACGCUCUGCCGGCAAGAGCUGAAAGCAAUGGCUGAUGAGGCUGAAGGGGUCCUUCAACAACAGAAGAAAAAGUUGUCUCUUGAUGAGAUGACCCGUGAAGUUCAGAACUUUGUGGAGAAAAUCCGCUUUCUUGUGGAUGAGCCACAGCACACCAUCCCGGACAUCUUCAUUUGGAUGCUCAGUAACAACAAGAGAGUGGCGUAUGCCCGAAUUGCUGCCAAGGACCUGCUUUACUCCCCCAUCCAAGAGCAGAUGGGCAAGCACUGUGGGAAGAUCAAAACCCACUUCCUCAAGCUUCCUGGGAAGCGACCAGCCGGCUGGACCGUACAGGCAAAAGUUGAUGUAUAUCUGUGGCUGGGCUCCACUAGAUACUCCAGUGCCAUUUUGGACAACUUGCCAGUGGGCUAUGAAGCGGAAAUGCCUUCCAGAUCACUGGGUACCCAUCACCCACCAUCAGCCCUGCUAUACCAAGCCCAGCAUGUCUUUCAGCUGAGAGCACACAUGUACCAAGCCCGCGGCCUCAUCGCAGCUGAUAGCAAUGGACUUUCGGAUCCCUUUGCCAAAGUCACAUUCCUGUCCCAGUGCCAGACCACAAAGGUCAUUUCCCAGACUCUCUCUCCUACCUGGAACCAGAUGCUGCUAUUCAAUGAGUUGGUUCUGCACGGGGAAGAGCGGGAGCUAGUGGAGUCCCCACCCGUCGUGGUGGUGGAACUCUACGACAGUGAUGCGGUGGGAAAGCCAGAAUAUUUGGGUGCCACCGUGGCGGCUCCAGUUGUGACACUGGCUGACCAGGACUAUGAGCCCCCCAAGCUGAGCUAUCACCCCAUCUUCUGUGGGAACCUCUCUGGAGGGGACCUCCUUGCUGUGUUUGAGCUGUUGCAGGUCCCUUCUUCUGGGCUGCAGGGUCUCCCUCCCACUGGCCCACCAGACAUCACACAGAUCUAUCCUGUUCCCUCCAACAUCCGGCCAGUGCUGAGUAAAUACCGAGUUGAGGUCCUUUUCUGGGGCGUCCGAGAGAUGAAGAAGGUGCAGCUCCUCUCAGUGGACCGGCCACAGGUUCUCAUUGAGUGUGGAGGACGAGGCGUGAAGUCUUGCGUGAUCCAGAGCUACAAGAACAACCCCAACUUCAGCGUGCAGGCAGAGGCCUUUGAAGUGGAGCUGCCUGAGAAUGAGCUCCUGCACCCACCGCUGAGCAUCUGUGUGGUGGACUGGAGGGCUUUCGGGAGGAGCACCCUCGUGGGCACCUACACCAUCAACUGCUUGAAGCAGUUUCUGUGUAAAUCCAGAGAGCCCCUUGCCUUGACUUCACAGACGGAUGGAGCUGGGGCCAGGCCAGUCAUUUCAGAUUCACUAGCAGCAACUGAGUCCUCCGAACUCAUCAGCUCCUCCCGGGAACUCACAACAGAUCACGUCUAUGUGGAUGUUGAACCACCUCCCACUGUGGUACCUGACUCUGUUCAGGCCCAGACAGCCACCCUGGUCGACAUCCCUGACUCCUCUCCGAUGCUGGAACCUGAGCACAAACCUGUAGCACAGGGACCACCAAAAGAUGGGCAUGCCAAGCAAGAUCCCAGGAAGCCUUCCCGGAGAUCCACCAAAAGAAGAAAGAGGACCAUCGCAGAUGAAUCUGCUGAGAAUGUCAUCGACUGGUGGUCUAAGUAUUACGCCUCUGUAAAGAAAGCACAGAAGGAAAAGGAGAACAACCUCAAGGAGAAAAGGGCCACAGAGACAAAGUCAGACGAGGUCGUGCUGGAAAUGGAUGACGGCGGCCCCAAAAGGAAGAGAGACAAAAUGCUCAAGAAGAAACCAAAAGAUGAUGGAAAUGAUACCAUCCCAAACCUGGCUGUCUUGAAGAUAUACGAUGGUGAUCUUGAGAGUGAAUUCAACAAUUUUGAAGACUGGGUGAAGACCUUUGAACUCUUCAGAGGCAAAUCUACAGAAGAUGAUCACGGUCUGGAUGGAGACCGGGUCAUAGGAAAGUUCAAGGGCUCCUUCUGCAUCUACAAAAGCCCAGAGGAUUCUACCUCAGAGGACAGCGGCCAGCUGAGAAUCCAGCAAGGAAUUCCCCCCAAUCACCCCAUUCAAGUACUGAUCCGCGUGUAUAUUGUUGCGGCAUUUAAUCUCAGCCCAGCUGAUCCAGAUGGCAAAUCAGAUCCGUACAUUGUGCUCAAGCUUGGCAAAACAGAAAUCAAAGACCGGGACAAAUACAUCCCCAAACAACUGAAUCCAGUGUUUGGAAGGUCAUUUGAGAUCCAGGCCACUUUCCCAAAGGAGUCCCUGCUCUCCGUCCUGAUUUAUGACCAUGACAUGAUCGGGUCAGAUGACCUCAUUGGGGAGACCAAGAUUGACCUGGAGAACCGUUUCUACAGCAAACACAGAGCCAUAUGCGGCUUGCAGAGCCAGUAUGAGAUAGAAGGGUACAAUGCUUGGAGGGACACAUCCAAACCCACAGAAAUCCUAACCAAGCUCUGCAAAGACAACAAGCUGGAUGGACCACACUUCCGCCCUGGGAAGAUACAGAUCGGAAAUAAGGUCUUUUCUGGGAAAACAGUCUUCACUGAAGAAGACUCUGAGGAGAUGGUGGAAUCUUAUGAACACUUGGCCCUCAAGGUGUUACACGCUUGGGAGGACAUCCCUGAGGUCGGCUGUAGGCUGGUUCCUGAGCACAUAGAAACAAGGCCACUGUACCACAAGGAUAAGCCAGGAAUGGAGCAGGGCCGCCUACAGAUGUGGGUGGAUAUGUUUCCCAAAGAUACGCCUCAGCUCGGACCUCCAGUUGACAUUUCACCAAGGAAACCCAAGGGAUACGAGCUGAGGGUGACCAUCUGGAACACUGAAGAUGUUAUUUUAGAAGAUGAAAAUAUCUUCACGGGUCAAAAAUCAAGCGAUAUCUAUGUCAAAGGGUGGAUCAAGGGCUUGGAGGACGACAGGCAGGAGACAGAUGUGCAUUACAACUCCCUGACAGGAGAAGGCAACUUCAACUGGCGUUUCCUGUUUCCGUUCCAGUACCUGCCGGCUGAGAAGCAAAUGGUCAUCACCAAACGGGAGAACAUCUUUUCCCUGGAGAAGAUGGAGUGCAAGACUCCGGCCGUACUGGUGCUGCAGGUCUGGGAUUUCGAAAGACUGUCCUCAGACGACUUCCUGGGCUCCCUGGAAAUGAACCUCAACAGCUUCCCUCGGGCAGCCAAGUCCGCGAAAGCCUGCGAUCUGGCCAAGUUUGAGAACGCGAGUGAGGACAACAAGAUCUCCAUAUUCCAGCAGAAGCGCGUGCGCGGCUGGUGGCCUUUUGCAAAGAGCAAAGAGCUCACGGGCAAGGUUGAAGCUGAAUUCCACCUGGUCACAGCAGAAGAAGCCGAGAAAAACCCUGUUGGGAAAGCCCGGAAGGAGCCCGAGCCUUUGGCCAAGCCCAACCGCCCAGACACCUCCUUCUCGUGGUUCGUGAGCCCCUUCAAGUGCCUGUACCACCUCAUCUGGAAGAACUACAAGAAGUACAUCAUCAUCGCCUUCAUCCUGAUCAUCCUCAUCGUCUUCCUGGUCCUCUUUAUCUACACCCUGCCGGGCGCGAUCAGCCGGAGGAUCGUCGUGGGCGGCUCGUAGGGGCAGUGGAGGGCGUGGACUUCUUUCCACGAAUGCUGUCCUCUGUUCUGUACAGGAACCUCUAAGAUCAUGUGCUGUGACAGGUACUGUGCUAAAUGCUAAAGGGACAGACUCACAGGACCCAAAAGCCCGUGUCUUGGGACAAAUCGGGUCUUCUCCAGGAAGGCUGGCCUCUGGGAGUCUUUCACUGCACCAAUGCCUACUACCACCAUCCUUCAAACCCCUAAAUCCCACAUCUUAGUUUUGCCAGCAAGUAACCUAAAUGACUCCUUCACUCCAGGCUAAUGAACAGUGACCUCAGUGAGCCUUUUCUUUAUGUAAUAGAUUCUAUUUAAAGGAGAUUAAACUCUGGGCCUGAGAUUUUUAUUAGAAGCACUGCAUUUCAAACAAAAUGUCUUAGUAAAUGGACUGAAAGCAUUUAGUAAAUUACUAUCCAUUUAACAUAUCCCCAAAAAUCACUUGGUUUAGUCUUCAGGGUUAUAGGACAUAGUCACUUUCAGGCUGUCAAAUUGGCUUAGCAAAUAAAUGUAUAUACAUCAUCUAAAAUGCUUCAUUGUUAAAAUUCCCCUAUAGCAGUGGUUCUAAUUCCAUGACAGCAGCACAACUGCAGUUAUGACAUAGCAACAAAAAUAGUUUUAUCGUUAAGGGUCCCCACAACAUUAGGAAGAUGGAGAACCACUGCCCUAGAGAGGCAAAAUAGAGCCAGGUUACCUUCAAAGACAACCAUACGUGUGUUGUGGCAAUGGUGAGCUAUGAGAAGUUCCCUUUAAUUUUCUCUGUGAAAGUUUCCAAAUGGAGGUUCACUAUUUGUCAUAAGACAUAUGAACUAUAAUUAUGUGUGUGUGUGGGGGGGGUCAGAGCUGGCUCCCUGCCACCCAGUGGGAAUUCUCAUUUGCUAGAUCCACAGCCUCCCACCAAGUGUCAUGUCCCCAUGGGUCACAUGACUGUGCUAUGAAUGGCCAGCACUGCCUCUGCUUAUCUCUUACCCAGCAGCAGGUGAGCCAGGUUCCAGUGUGAGUCCCCAGUACAGAGUGUGAAAAACAAGUCUGAGAAACAAUAGCAUAUUCACCUGACAGAUGGCACCCGUACCCGUACCUUGAAAGGAAACUUCUGAGCUUCACAGCACAAUCCUCAUAUUCUGUCCUAUCUAUGGUGGGGGUUGAACUGUGUCUUUUCUCAGACACAGUAAGGAAAUCAAAGACUUGGGAUGUUUGGACUCAAUCCCCUUGCAGGAUGUUUGGCCCCAUAAACUUUUCUUCUUCUGUUAUAAAGCAUCAAGACUACAGCUUUUAUUUUUCUUGGUCUUUUUGUUUGUUUGUUUGUUUAAGAUGGGAUCUGGUAUAGUCCACAUAGAUCUUAAACUUCCUAUAUAGUCAAGAAUAACUGUGAUUCCUGAUCCUCUUUGCCUCUGUUUCCUAAAUAUUAGGAUUGUAGCCGUACUCUACUAUACUUGGCUGAUGUGUGUGUGUGUGUAUAUACAAGCAUGUAUGUAUGUAUAUACUGGUACAUGCUGGACAAGCAUUCUGCCACUGAUUUAUAGGCCCUGUGAUUUUAGACUUACGUAUUGCUCAGUCAGUUCUUUCUCUGGAUGCUCCGUCUCUGGCAACUAGACCAUCACAUUCUCCUGAAGUGCUGAGAAACAGAAGCUUGCCUCCUGGGCAGUGUUUCCUAGUGAGAGCAGCUACCUAAGUGACGUCAUUCUCACUGUGCAGCAAUGCACACCAUCCAUCCUUAAUGAGGGGGUCAGAGUGUCUGAUAUCAUAAGGCAUAUGUACUAAAUUCAUUAUAAGUAUUUGUAUAUGUAUUAGAAAACUAUGUACUGCAUAGUGUAAAAGUAAAUAUAUACACAAUGAAGGAAAAAUGUUAGAGAAGUAUACAUGAACAAUGAUUAUUCAAGCAAAUCUUUCCUUUGC